AUGGGAGAAGCAAAGAUACAGAAGGAGCCCUCAAAGAAAAGGAAAGGCAGACGAGCAGAAACGGGAGAAGGAAGGAUACAGGAGGAGCUGCCACGGACAAGGAGAGGCAGACAAGAAGAAAUGGGGGAAGCAAAGGUACAGGACGAGCACUCAAAGAAAAGGAAAGGCAGACAAGCAGAAAUGGGAGAAGGAAAGUUACAAGAGGAGCCGCCAGAGAAGAGGAAAGGCAGACGAGAAGAAAUGGGAGAAGCAAAGAUACAGGAGGAGCCCUCAAAGAAAAGGAAAGGCAGACAAGGAGAAACGGGAGAAGGAAGGAUACAGGAGGAGCUGCCACGGACAAGGAGAGGCAGACAAGAAGAAAUGGGGGAAGCAAAGGUACAGGACGAGCACUCAAAGAAAAGGAAAGGAAGACAAGGAGAAACGGGAGAAGCAAAGAUACAGAAGGAGCCACUAGAGGAGAGGAAAUGCAGACGAGCAGAAACGGGAGAAGGAAGGAUACAGGAGGAGCUGCCACGGACAAGGAGAGGCAGACAAGAAGAAAUGGGGGAAGCAAAGGUACAGGACGAGCACUCAAAGAAAAGGAAAGGCAGACAAGAAGAAAUGGGAGAAGGAAAGUUACAAGAGGAGCCGCCAGAGAAGAGGAAAGGCAGACAAGAAGAAAUGGGAGAAGCAAAGAUACAGGAGGAGCCCUCAAAGAAAAGGAAAGGAAGACAAGGAGAAACGGGAGAAGCAAAGAUACAGAAGGAGCCACUAGAGAAGAGGAAAGGCAGACGAGAAGAAAUGGGAGAAGCAAAGAUACAGAAGGAGCCACCAGAGAAAAGGAAAGGCAGACGAGCAGAAACGGGAGAAGGAAGGAUACAGGAGGAGCUGCCACGGACAAGGAGAGGCAGACAAGAAGAAAUGGGGGAAGCAAAGGUACAGGACGAGCACUCAAAGAAAAGGAAAGGCAGACAAGCAGAAAUGGGAGAAGGAAAGUUACAGAAGGAGCCGCCAGAGAAGAGGAAAGGCAGACGAGAAGAAAUGGGAGAAGCAAAGAUACAGGAGGAGCCCUCAAAGAAAAGGAAAGGCAGACAAGGAGAAACGGGAGAAGGAAGGAUACAGGAGGAGCUGCCACGGACAAGGAGAGGCAGACAAGAAGAAAUGGGGGAAGCAAAGGUACAGGACGAGCACUCAAAGAAAAGGAAAGGAAGACAAGGAGAAACGGGAGAAGCAAAGAUACAGAAGGAGCCACUAGAGGAGAGGAAAUGCAGACGAGCAGAAACGGGAGAAGGAAGGAUACAGGAGGAGCUGCCACGGACAAGGAGAGGCAGACAAGAAGAAAUGGGGGAAGCAAAGGUACAGGACGAGCACUCAAAGAAAAGGAAAGGCAGACAAGAAGAAAUGGGAGAAGGAAAGUUACAAGAGGAGCCGCCAGAGAAGAGGAAAGGCAGACAAGAAGAAAUGGGAGAAGCAAAGAUACAGGAGGAGCCCUCAAAGAAAAGGAAAGGAAGACAAGGAGAAACGGGAGAAGCAAAGAUACAGAAGGAGCCACUAGAGAAGAGGAAAUGCAGACGAGCAGAAACGGGAGAAGGAAGGAUACAGGAGGAGCUGCCACGGACAAGGAGAGGCAGACAAGAAGAAAUGGGGGAAGCAAAGGUACAGGACGAGCACUCAAAGAAAAGGAAAGGCAGACAAGAAGAAAUGGGAGAAGGAAAGUUACAAGAGGAGCCGCCAGAGAAGAGGAAAGGCAGACAAGAAGAAAUGGGAGAAGCAAAGAUACAGGAGGAGCCCUCAAAGAAAAGGAAAGGAAGACAAGGAGAAACGGGAGAAGCAAAGAUACAGAAGGAGCCACUAGAGAAGAGGAAAGGCAGACGAGAAGAAAUGGGAGAAGCAAAGAUACAGGAGGAGCCCUCAAAGAAAAGGAAAGGAAGACAAGGAGAAACGGGAGAAGCAAAGAUACAGAAGGAGCCACUAGAGAAGAGGAAAGGCAGACGAGAAGAAAUGGGGGAAGCAAAGAUACAGGAGGAGCCACCAGAGAAAAGGAAAUGCAGACGAGCAGAAACGGGAGAAGGAAGGAUACAGGAGGAGCUGCCACGGACAAGGAGAGGCAGACAAGAAGAAAUGGGGGAAGCAAAGGUACAGGACGAGCACUCAAAGAAAAGGAAAGGAAGACAAGGAGAAACGGGAGAAGCAAAGAUACAGAAGGAGCCACUAGAGAAGAGGAAAUGCAGACGAGCAGAAACGGGAGAAGGAAGGAUACAGGAGGAGCUGCCACGGACAAGGAGAGGCAGACAAGAAGAAAUGGGGGAAGCAAAGGUACAGGACGAGCACUCAAAGAAAAGGAAAGGCAGACAAGAAGAAAUGGGAGAAGGAAAGUUACAAGAGGAGCCGCCAGAGAAGGGGAAAGGCAGACAAGAAGAAAUGGGAGAAGCAAAGAUACAGGAGGAGCCCUCAAAGAAAAGGAAAGGAAGACAAGGAGAAACGGGAGAAGCAAAGAUACAGAAGGAGCCACUAGAGAAGAGGAAAGGCAGACGAGAAGAAAUGGGAGAAGCAAAGAUACAGAAGGAGCCACCAGAGAAAAGGAAAGGCAGACAAGCAGAAAUGGGAGAAGGAAAGUUACAAGAGGAGCCGCCAGAGAAGAGGAAAGACAGACAAGGAGAAGUGGGGGGAAGGAGAGGUCCUAGGAGACUAAAAUGUCUGGACUGA